AUGACUGAGUGGAUUCCUCUUUCUGGGGAUAUCCUAUCAGGUAAAACACAAACAUUAUACAAAAUACUACGUGAGCUUUUGAAAACUGGAAAAGUCCAAGUUUGCGGCUUUUUCCAACCUUCUAGAGAAACAAAUAAAAUUCGCGAUGGUUAUGACUUAGCAUUCAUUGGCCAAAAUGCAAUUACAUAUAAAAAAUUUGCUGUGAAGAACCUUAAUGCCCCUCCAAAAACAAUGCCUUGGUUCUUUAAUAACGCGUUAUUUGAUGAAGCGCUUGAAGAAUCUAAAUCCUUUAAAUUUGAUGGUAGACCAGUUGUUCUUUUACUAGAUGAACUGGGACAACUUGAAGUUCAUCAGAAAGGCCAUUUUAAUGCGAUUUCUUCUUGGGUUGAAAGACUUAAAGGAAGAAAAGCAUUCAUUAUAGGUACCACAUCAGCAUAUAGAGUUGAAUUAGCCAAAGAAAUGAUGGAAAAUUUAGGUGUAAAAACUUCAGAACUAAAUUACAAAGUUCCUCUUGAUGAUAACCAAGUUUCAGAGUUUGUCAAGACACUAAUAGAGCAUCUUACAUAA